CUGUUGUUAUUUCACUCUCCAUCAGAUAAUGAGCCUAAGAUGCCUUCAGACGAGUCUUCUGAUAUAGGUCUUUACUAUGUAGACUUUAACAGAAAUUUCCAAAAGUGCAAUGCUUGUCCUCUUGAUAAUUUGAUUGAAUCUUUUGGUUUAUCUGACAUCGCUGCUUCAGUGGCUCGAACAAAGCCUAAUGGUGAGAAGGCUGUUAAGUUGAGAAAAUCCUACAAAUCUCAUAUCAACGAUUUGCCUUACAAGCACACAAUCAAGAGCGAUAAUAUACUUGAGUCAAUUGCUUUGAGAGAAGAUAUAACGCUUGGUUUGAAUGAUCUCUCCAAUUUUAUUAAACCAAUCGAUAGGGACUUGGUUUCAAGAGCUUUAAAUUUUAAGAAAACUCCAAAGGAUUCUCUCAAUGAUAUUGAAAUUGAAGAUUUACAAUUUAAAACUAUUGUUGAUUUUGACAAGAAAAGUUUAAAAAGAAAACAGAAAAAUGGCUAUACCAACGAUGACGAUUUGAAACGUCGUCGUAUGUGAUUCAAUAAUAAUUUUGAUUGUUUUGAAUUAAUCUAAAUUAAUCUCUUUUGAUUCUGUUUUCCGAUCUACUCAGUUUUGUUUCAAUAUAUCAUUUUCCUAAAAUGCAUACCUGCUUUUCCUUAUUUUCCUUAUUUUCCUCAUUUAUACUCUAUACUAUAUUUCAAAACAAAAAGAUACAGCG